AUGGUUGGCCAAGAUCAUGUAGAGCGGCUCCGGGUGAAACUUGGUUUCGAUGGUGUGUUUAAAGUUGAUAGUGUAGGAACGAAAGGAGGUUUGGCAUUAUUAUGGAGAACGAAUGGUACGGCAAGCCUGUUGAGUUACUCAAAAAAUCAUGUGGAUAUUGAGGUAACAAUGCCGGGGUUUGAAAACUGGAGGAUGACAGGGUAUUACGGUUAUGCGCAGAGGGAGAGACGGAAUGACUCUUGGGAAUUCAUUAAGUCCUUAUCGCAUCGUUCUGAGUUGCCAUGGGUUAUUAUAGGAGAUUUUAAUGAUCUCUUAUAUCAGUAUGAGAAGCGAGGGGGGAAUCCCCAUCCAGAGACACUAUUACGGGGCUUCGGGGAAACUAUUGAUGAGUGUGGACUAGCACAAUUACCUAUGCAGGGAUACCCGUUUACCUGGGAAAGAGGGGAGGGGACUGUAGACUGGAUUGAGGAGAGGUUGGACAAGGUGCUGGUUACGCAGGAAUGGCGAGAUGUGGUGAGGGAGGCAAGUGUUUCGAACAUUCUAACCCGACGCUCAGAUCAUUCUGCGCUUUUCCUUGGGAUUCUGAAUCUUCGGGAAAGGACAGGUGGUGGGAGGAGGGGGUUCCGGUUUGAGAUGGCUUGGAUGCAUGAUGAGGGCUGUAGGGGAGUGGUUGAGACGACGUGGACUGAAGGAAGAGAUAGGGGUUUGCAAGCCUGUAUCGAGUUGUGUGGCAAUAAAUUAUCACGAUGGGGAGGUGAUAAGUUUCACAAGUUUGAUGAGCAGAUGAGGUGCCUGCGCAAAGAGCAGUUGCGGCUACGGGGAUGCACUGAUCAAACUUCUUUAGCCGAGUAUCAGCGGUUAGAAGAACGUCUGGCUCGAUUAGAGGCUCAGGAGGAUGCUUUUUGGAAACAGAUGGCGAAACAGCACUGGCUGAAGGGGUCUCAGAUGGAUGAAAAUUUUUAUGCCAAUGUCUUGCCUCGAGUGUCACCUGCACAAAACGAAGCCCUACUGCGCCCCUUUGAAAAGGAAGAGGUAAAAACGGCCUUGUUUGCUAUGUUCCCAGAUAAGGCACCUGGUCCGGAUGGAAUGAAUCCGGGUUUUUAUCAGCAGUUCUGGGAUGUGGUGGGAGGAGAUGUGUUGGACUUUAUUGUGAACUGUUUGAAUACACGGAUCUUUCCAGCCAACUUGAAUGAUACUGAUGUGGUUCUAAUACCGAAGAAGAAAAAUCCAGAACGGGUCUCGGAUCUCAGACCCAUAGCGUUGAGCAAUGUGAUAUACAGGAUCAUGGCCAAGAUGAUUACAGCCAGGAUGAAACCACUCAUGGAUGGGAUUAUUUCUGAUACACAGAGUGCAUUCAUAUCGGACAGAUUGAUUACAGAUAACAUCUUAAUUGCUGCAGAAGUUGGCUACUUUUUGAAUAGAAAACAGUGUGGGAAGGUGGGAUGGGGUGCUUUAAAGUUGGAUAUGGCAAAAGCCUAUGACCGUAUGGAAUGGCCCUUUCUGCGAAAUAUGUUAACAACCUUGGGUUUUAAUAGUGAAGCAAAUGCAGUAAAGCAAUGUUUGACACGAUAUGAAAAUUUAUCUGGCCAGGUGGUGAAUUAUCAUAAGUCCAGCAUAUGCUACAGUAAGAAUACACAGUACGAGGAUAGGGAUGAAGUGGCACAGAUUCUUGGGGUUGCUCAGGCACCAAACUUUGGGAAAUAUUUGGGGCUCCCCUCAUUUGUAGGAAGGAAUAAGAAGGCAGCGUUUUCAUAUAUCGAAGAUAAGAUAAGGCAGAUGAUCCUUUCUUGGAAUAAGAAGUUGUCAAGCUGGUAA